UACAUUAAAUGGGGGCUCACUGAAAUGUAGAGGCGGGAUUCAGUGUUUCCUCAGUCUCUCUCUCUCUCUCUCACACACACACACACACACACACGGAGAAAGAGAGAGCGAGGAAGAAGAAAAAACCAACAGGAAAGCGGUUUAUUAUUUUGUAUCAUCCAGGGAAAAACUGAAAACAAAAUGCGCAUUUCUGGCGGAAACACUACAGAGCAAAGCGCCGGGCAGAGCCAGGAAAUUCCAGCCAACCCCACGGAUGAAACAGAUUUAUGGCUGCAAUGUAACACUUUUUAUGAGCUCUUUAUGCCGCUGAGUCUGCUGGUGUCUGUGUUUAUUAUACUCCUGCUGUCGUUUGUAGAGCGCAGGAAGAAGAUUUGGGACUGUGAGAGGAGAUUCUCGUGUCUGAGCGGCCGAUUCGGCUUCGUGGUACCCCUGGACUUCACAGGCAAGAUGCAGAACCGAUGGUCUUACGGUUUCGCCUUCGGUGCCGUGACCCCCUUCGUGAUCAAUCUGAUGUUCAACAGCAUCAUAAGAGCUAAUGUGCCACCCUAUCUACAAGUUUUGGUGGCUCUGUUAACUGCGUUGGUUCUAAGCAUUGUCUGCAUGCCGUUAUUCGCCUGUCUUUCAACACCACACCGGUUGCUUGGAGGAGUCCUGGGGCUGCUGUAUUCACUCUCCUGGUUCGUUGCACUGAUGUGGAAGUUGAUCUGGUGCAGAGCAAUAGCACCAAAUGAUAAUUUCGUGGGUUAUUUAUUGUGGUCAGUUUGGUUAUUUAAUGUCCCACAGUUACUGUGCUUGGGGUUCCUGGUGUGCCGCUUUGGCUCCAUCAUAGUGAAGGGUGUGCAGAACCGCCUGAGGAAUUACAGCAAGCAGGAGGAAGUGGAGAAGCACGAGUACAAAUACGUACAACGUUUACUGAGAUGGCCUGCUGAAGCGUCCGUGCAGAAGAGCUGGUUCCAGAGGGAAGUGUACGAAUGGGAUCCGUAUUUUAAAUUCCCAAACAGAAUCAUCGCCACCGUCGUGCUGUCCUUUUUCGGAGUGUACAUGAUAGUAACAUCAGAGCAGAUCAUUUCUUGGUGGUUGACCUCAAACAUGUAUGCAAUUUGGAAGAAGUAUUUAAAACAUAUAUUGGAUCAAACAUCCUUUUUCACACACCUGAACUAUGUCACAUACACCUGGUAUAUCUCAGCAGCUUGUGCCACGCUGACGUCUGUCAUUCACAUUAGCCAGGUGUUGGUGUAUUACAGGAAGCACAUGGAAUCAUUGCGAGCUGGAGAAAAAAAAUACUUGCCAAAGACGUACAAACUGGACCCUGUGUAUGGAGUGGUGGGGCUUUUGAAGUAUCCUGGCUAUCAGAUCGCUUUCUCCGUGUGGGGUUAUCUGAUCAUGCACAUAGCGAUGUUCGUGGUUGGCCUGGUGUUUGUAUACCUGGUCGUAUCACCGAUCCGGGAACACGGAUUUCUCCACUGGCUGAAGUGGGUGGGCAUGAGUCUGCCGAAUUUCUUCAUCUUAUUGGCUGUGAUGGGGCUGCAGCGCAUGCUGAGCCAUCUAUUUUUCCUGCAAGACAAAACCUCACCUACGGAUGAAGACAAGCCGUUAGCACUCAACAACAGGGAAACCAAGCUGAGCAGGAAGGCCUUCCACAACUUUAACUACUACCUCUUCUUCUGUAACGUGAUCUUGGGCGUGAUGAGCUGCUUUUUGCGGUUAAUUAAAAGUGCCGCUGUGGGUCUGAUGUUGCUAUCGCGCAUCGAGCGGACCAUAAUGCCAGAGGGCUUCGAGAAGCAGGACACGAGUUACUGUAUGUGGGUGGGAAUGAUAAUGGCAGAUCAUUAUCACACUAAUCCAGUUCUGGUGUGUUUCUGCCACCUGCUGCUCAAACACACUUCAGAGAGUGUCCAAGACGGCGAAUAUUCGCGCUUAAACUCAGAGCCUAUAUCAAAGGACCGAGUUCGCACUCGCUGGCUUCUCGUGUACACCCUACUGAGGAACCCUAAACUCAUCCUGCUGAGGAAGAAACGCAAGCAAAAAAACGACAAAGAGGGUGAACUCGCCUUUGCCUGGGCCAUCUCAAAUAAAGCAUAAAAAAAAGAACACGGGUCUGAUUUUUUAGCUUUAAUUUUUUACAGGCAAAAACUGUAUGCUGCCAAAAGUAUUAAACAAAAUUACAAGAUCUACCAUCAAACUAUUAUGUUCAUAUAACAUGAGAUAUUUGAGUUAUUAACAUGUUAGUACCAAGUAGAAGUUUUAGGUAUAUUUUUUAAGAAUGAUUUUUUAUUUAUUUAUUUUUUUUUUUAUUUCAGUUUUUGUGUGUUAGCAUUUUUUUUUAUUCUCAGACUAAGGUUUCUGGGUAUUGAGAUCAAUCAAAACAUUCACACGAUGCAACAAACAAAUCAUUUUGGUUCAAAUGACAGAUCUUUAACUCGUUUUUGUCUGAAAUAUGGAGUCAAAUUUUCUUCAUGGUGUUACUGUACCCCACAAAAACUGGCUGCAGCUAUGCUCUCCAGUGAUGAAUAUAUUGUUCUUUCUGCUCAAUAAAUUUAUUUUUUUAUGUGUUUUCAUGCAUGAUAAAACUUUAUAGAUGCGACUUUCUGGAGCUAGCUAUCAUGACACUCCUGUGUUAACUUAAGCAAGCUAGCACCAGAAAGAUAAAUAUAUUCAAAAUUUUUAAUGUUUUUAUUCAUGAAUUUAUUACUGUACAAAUAAAAGUUUCUGUAUCUAUCCAUCACAAA